AUGGAUGCUCUUUCAUUACUUGGCCAUAUAGUGCAGGAUCAUAAUCAGAUUAGACGUGAUAGUUUAAAGGUAGACUUAAAUCUACAAUAUAAAAAAUUGUGCAAUCCUUCUCAUAAUACUGAUACUGGAUCAAGUAAAUGGUUGUUUGGUGAUGAACUUGGUAAACGUGUAAAAGACAUAAAAGAAACAAAUCAAGUUGGUUCAUCAGUGGCCAGUGGAAGCCGUCUAUAUAAAAGCCUUUCAAGAUUUAAUUCUAGAUCCAAGCCUUUUUUAUCACAAGGCAACAGUCACUACAAGCGACCUCCACAAAAUCAAAUUUUCACGGCUUAUUCGGCUUAUUCGUCUUAUCCGACUAGUAUAUAUGGCUUAGUUUGGUUUAUUGGAAGCCAGUAUAUUUAUUGA